GGGCAUUCUCCAUAGCGUUUAGAGCUUCGUACGCAAAUGCUCUACUGCUGUUUUUCGUCCUAUUCGUUCUACGAUUAUGGAGCCAUACUCUGAGCCUAUUCUCAAUAUGAUUGUAAGAUAACGAAGCUAAACCGGUUACAGAGGACGCCCACGAAACGAGACUUCCUUAUGGCUGAAGCGUCAAGUCAUUCAUACACGGCGUUAGAGGGAGAAGGAUUUAGUGAACAUACAAUAAGAAACAGUUUCGUGAUUAAGGUGUUGUCUUUACUGACAUGUAUGCUUUUGAUGACAACAACAGUCGUGACUGUAGCCACCGUGAGUUCAAACACACAAGAUUUUCUCGUGGAUAAUUGGUGGAUAUCGGCCAUUGCGAUGGUGGCCCUUGUGGCCGUCGCCAUCACGCUGGCCUGCUCGAUGCAGCUGCGCCAGUCGUUUCCGGUCAAUUAUGCCCUAUUGACAACACUGACGAUGACUCAAGCUCUGCUUCUUGCCUAUAUCGUCAGCGCGUACAAGACACCGAGUGUCCUUAUCGCUGUAUCUAUCACUUGUUUAGGGACCGGAACAGUGGCUAUACUAGCUAUGUCGUCGCAGUUAGAUUUGACCCGUUUUGGGCUGCACCUAAUCGUUGCACUUCUGGCGCUUCUGGGAGCUGAACUGCUUCUGUUUUCCUUCAUGCCCAGCCUCCGAGUCCAGGACCGUCUCAUUGGCGGGGCAGCUGCACUGAUAUUCAGUUUGUAUAUAGCCGUCGACAUUCAGUUGUUGUUAGGGGGCCGACAGUUUCUCCUUUACCCUGAAGAUUACAUAGGGGCGGUUAUUACAUUACAUCUGGAUGUGGUCAACGUCUUCAUCACUUUGUACAAGCUCAUCGGAGAAUAUAAGGAUAAGAACAGGGAGUCAGUUUCAAAAGAAGAAGCGCGAUCAGGGUGACAAGCUCCUCCACAUUAUUCGGAGGCUGCUGCUUGUUUUCUACUAACUGUGGUUAUUAAAUAAACCUACCAAAAUAUAUUAUCUGGCCACCACAGGCUGUAUUAUUUAUGAAAAACGUACGAUAACCAAGGUCCU